GUUCGACAUCCAUCCAUCUCACCAUCGACGACUCCCACUCUUUUCAGCCUCUACCGACGACUGAAAAUCACUCGCAAUCAUGGGUAAAGUUCACGGAUCCCUCGCCCGUGCCGGCAAAGUCAAGUCUCAGACCCCCAAGGUUGAGCCUCAAGAGAAGAAGAAGACCCCCAAGGGUCGCGCGAAGAAGAGAAUCACAUACACCCGACGAUUCGUCAACGUGACAUUGACUGGUGGCAAGAGAAAGAUGAACCCCAACCCCACAUCAUAAAGUCUCGAAUCGAUGAAACUCCAAGGAUGCAGUUGGUUGAGGAAUUGUAAAGCACGCCAGGACGAAAGGAAACAGGAUUACACACCUUUUUCGCGUAUGGGCUCGGUCAAUCAGUCAUCAUUCACCAUUUACCUCAACAUGGAAUGUCGUGUGAUGAUUCAGAUAUAGAAUCCCCAGAGCGACACCAAUUCAGGCCUGUCGCUUGAAGACGGGACCAUCUUUUAUGGACCGGCAAAAUCAGGCGUUAUGGCUGCUACAACCACCACGAAAUACCAGACUUUUUGUCCAUGA